AGAAAAGCCAGGAACAGUGGAAAGAGCUUUUGUACAGUCUCCCUGUUGUGAGGAAGUGGAAAUCUGUGAGCUGUCAUUUCAAAACAAACAUGAGUGAGAGACAAGAUACUGGAGCAACAAAUGGAAAAGACAAGACAUCUGGUGAGAAUGAUGGACAGAAGAAAGUUCAAGAGGACUUUGACAUAGACAUGGACGCACCAGAGACAGAACGGGCUGCAGUGGCGAUACAGUCUCAGUUCAGAAAAUUCCAGAAGAAAAAGGCAGGAUCCCAGUCUUAGUAACUACCUUGUAGUUUAAAGUGGUAGUUCUGAGGUGAUCUGUCAGGAAAUUAAUAAAUAAAACCAAGAUGCAUGUACAGAAUAUUUAAAACCCUAUUGGCAGGUAUAUAACAAUGAGCUUGUGAGUGGCUUCAUCCUUGUGAUCUCCAGUCCCUUUUCUUCUGUAAUUCACCAUUUUACUUGAUGUUGUAAUAAAAAGUUAGGAUGAAGUA